CUGGCUGAUGCUCUGGCAUCACGAUUUCGAUGCCCGUUCUUAGGGUUCCAAUUCGCUCCCCACCCCCCUCCCCUCCGAUCCCUUGCAGAAGCUCCUUCUUGGUCUUUGAUUUUGUUCUGAAAUCAGAUGGCCUUCAGGGUUUGUGGGAGAGGGAUCAUGUGUCAGGUAAUUAAGAUUUAGGUCUCCAAUCGCACGCUGCUUGGUUAUAUUGCGCGGAAUUUUGGGAUUAUAUCAAUUCUAGGUGCAUUUGGUGCGGAUUUUGUCAAGGAAAGGACGAUUUUUUUUUCCCUUUUUUUGUGAUUAAGUUUGGGAGAAAUUUCUGGAAAUAUCGUAAAGGUCUGGUUUUGGGAGCGUAAGGAUGUACCGGAGCGUGGCGGCGGCCGGUCCAACACGGGGCGGACUGCCAUCUGACAGCGGAGACGGAGUGGUGACGCUGGACCAGGUGCCGAGGUGGAUCGACGCUGACCAACGUUCCGCGACAUAUGGCUCCGGGGAUCCUUCCUCUCCAUUCUCCUAUUUCUCGGAUCCUCUCACGGCUUCAGCCGAGGGUGAUGCGGGGAAUGAUGGGGUGGUAUCUAGGUUUCCGGUUGAUCAAGAGAUCAAUUCCAAAAUAUAUCUGUGGCGUGGCCAUCCAUGGAAUCUUGAAGUUGAUGCUGUAGUUAAUUCUACCAAUGAGAGUUUGGAUGAAGCUCACAGCAGCCCUGGGCUGCAUGCUGCUGCCGGACCAGGUCUUGCUGAGGAAUGUGCUACGCUGGGUGGUUGCAGAACUGGCAUGGCGAAAAUGACCAAUGCAUAUGAUCUUCCAGCUAGAAGGAUCAUUCAUACUGUGGGUCCCAAAUAUGCUGUCAAGUAUCAUACUGCUGCUGAAAACGCUCUCAGUCACUGUUAUAGGUCUUGCCUGGAGCUUCUUAUCGAGAAUGGACUUCAGAGCAUUGCGAUGGGCUGCAUUUAUAUAGAAUCCAAAAAUUAUCCCCGUGAACCGGCAGCACAUGUAGCAAUAAGGACUGUCAGAAGAUUUUUGGAGAAACAGAAAGAUAAGAUCACUGCUAUUGUUUUCUGUACAUCUACGUCAUCUGAUACAGAGAUCUAUAAACGAUUGCUUCCACUUUACUUUCCUAGGGACAAGCAUGAAGAAGAGGUUGCAAUAUCUAAGCUUCCAGCUGAUGUAGGGGAUGAGAAUGGGGAGACUACUAUAGAUGAGCGGAAGAUUAGAAUCAAACCUUUGCCUGCAGUUUCUGUGAAUGCCCCAAAACCUUCUAUUGCCACUAUAGAUCCUCCUCUUAGUGAUGUGGGAUUGACUAUACAACGGAAAAAAUCUUUUCAAUUGGAUGCAUACUUGGAUCCGGCUUUCAUGUCACUUAUUAAGGACCCUGAUCAACAGCGCAAAGAGCAAUGGGAGAAGGCUGCUCAAGCAAAAGGUGGUUUUAAUUGUGCUAAGCUGCUAGGAUUUGGGGAUCUUGGUGGCCCUCCACUUUCCGCUGCUGAGGAGUAUUCACUUCAUUCCCGAUAUCUCGCCAAAGCGAAUUCUCUAAAUCUUUCCGAGAUUGCAGAAAUGAAAAUUGUUUAUCGGGGUGGUGUAGAUAGUGAAGGUCGUCCGGUGAUGGUUGUUGUUGGAGCUCAUUUUCUUCUUCGCUGUAUGGAUUUGGAGCGCUUCAUUCUUUAUGUGGUGAAGGAAUUUGAACCCUUGAUUCAGAAGCCUUACACAAUUGUUUAUCUUCACUCUGCUGCAUCUUUGCAAGUACAACCAGAUCUUGGAUGGAUGAAGCGGUUAGAACAGAUACUUGGUCGUAAACACCAGCGCAAUCUGCAUGCGAUAUAUGUUCUACAUCCCACUCUGGGUCUCAAGGCGGCAGUAUUUGCUUUGCAGCUAUUGGUAGAUGGAGAGGUGUGGCGGAAGGUUGUAUAUGUUGAUCGUUUAUUGCAGCUCUUUAGAUAUGUACCACGUGAGCAGUUGACGAUCCCAGAUUUUGUCUUUCAGCAUGAUCUUGAAGUGAACGGAGGCAAAGGCCUCAUUGUAGAUCCAAGAACAAAAUAUAUCUAUCACAGACCUUCUGCCUGAGAUAAUAGCUCCUGAAAGCUGAAGGCCCGCCUGGUAGUUUAUGUUUUGUUUUAUUCUCUUUUUGUGCUUGAUAAAUCAUCUGUACAUUUGUUAGCUUGUCUAGUUUGUUCUUUA